GGUAAGAGUUACAUUACACUAGAGCUGACAGGCUUAAACGAGAUCCCUCGGAAUCUUCAACCUCCCAAACUUUUUAGACCUGGACAAGUUUAAUUCAACCAACAAUGAAGUAAAACAAGAGGAGGAAUAAUCUUAUUAUAUAAGAUAUUUACAACACGAAAAGAGAAAGUCGAGAAGCAAAAUAAUGCCGGGCGAUCGAUUAUUGGCCACGGUCUUACGGGCCUUUCAAAACCCUCCUAAUCCAGCCGAAACCGACAAGAUCUUCGCGACCACAACAUCGCUUCUCACGAGCCUCAAUAACCCUCUCAAUCUCUCCCUACUCACAUCGCACCUCCUUACUGCUCGCGCGAUAUGGCAGUCUCCUGACGGCUUACGCACUUGUCUGCGUAUUAUCAGCAUAUACAACACCGCCGCAAUUCACAUGCGAAAGAACGAAUUGGAAAAUGCGACCCUCCCGCACGGUCGACCGCCUGUUGGUAGCGGAGUUUCUAGCGAAGACUGGGCACGCGCGAUUGCGAAAGGGACAGACGAUAGGUCGGCUAGAUGGCAGCACGUGCUUGUGUUGACGGGUGUUCUGAUGGGCAUGGAAGGGGAGAAUAGGAGAUCCUUAUCUGGGAGUUUACGGUCGACGCUCGAACAAGCCGUGGUCACGGCCGCCAACCUAGCGCUCCAAGAAGAUCCGUCGCGGACUGGUCCGUUAGGACGUGGCGCUGUUGUUCUAGCUCUGACCUUUGCAUUCCCUCUCCUACACGAAUCGGCUAAGCAACAAUUGGACGGAAAUGUACUUUUACCGGCUACCAUUGAGGCCAUGCUUGGAGACGAAGGCCUUCAACAUGGUGAUUUCAUUUCGUCGAUCGCGAACGAUGUUGUACCAGGUCAGAUCAUAAAGUGGGAUCCUGAUUCGCCAUCCGUUGCUAGACUUCAGAAGCUCGAGUCUCGACCCCUGGCACAAAACAUGGGCCCUCUUUCGCGGCUAGCAUCGUUCGGUGUCCAACAAGCCGUGGAUCCCAACGUCGUCCUCCAGGCCCAUGAAGCACUUCUUGGAUUUACGGCGGAAUUGUUAAACAAAUGGACCCAUUGUCCACUUUCUGCCGUCGAUUUAUCCGUUGAAUCCGCUGCUCUCUCACCGGAGACGCUUCUAGGCCCCUGGCCAAAUUUAUGGCAGCUGUUCAAGAAGAUCCUAUAUACUGUGACCGCAACAAUCCAAGCUGUAGUUGGACGGUCCUUAUUAGAUCCAUUCCUGAGGAACGACGCAGUGGCAGCUACUACGGCUUCGAGAACGCUGCACAUAUUACGCAACUUGUCCUUCAUAUCCACACGACAGGGAGCAAGUUCGUUCCAAGUAUACACAUUCACCUACCUCACGUCGCUAGAUACUAUCACACGCUAUCCGGACGCUUGCGUCUCUUUCCUUCGGGAUACGCAGCCGCCAUCGCCUCAGACGAGCAACGUGGUGCCGUCCCCGGUAAUCCAAGCGCUAACCCUCUUCUACCUCAACACAGCGGAGCACCUCCCCCUCUCCCUGCCAACAGGCGCAUGCGAGGACCUAAUCGUCGCGCCCGCAACGGCCUACCUGGCCCCAUCAACCUCCUGGCUCGCCAGCCCAGCCAACACCCCUUCGUCCUCGCUUACUCUCGAGCUCUUCGAGUCAGCCCAUUCGGCCGUCCUCUCGUCCCUCUCGUGCCCGCAACAUAGCACCCUCGCCGCCUCUCUCAUCCCCUUCUACGUCGACACCCUCUUAUCCUCCUUCCCCUCCCGCAUCUCCCCCCGCCAGUUCCGCCUCGCCUUCCGCACCGUCAUACAGAUCGCCAGCCCUCCCUACCCCCUCUCCGCCUCGCACCCGGACCUCUCCGAAACCCUCCUAGAAACCUUACGGUUCCGCGCCGUCGAAGGCGGCGCGUCCACAACUCCCUUACCACCACCGUCAAGCGAACAACAACAACAGCAGCAGCAACAGCAAACCGAAGUCCAGGCCUUGUCAUUCGAAGACCCCGUCUCGGAGCAAUCGGCCCUGGUCCUCGCGCUCGUCGACGCGCUGCCCUACGUCCCGCUGCACGCGCUGGAGGAGUGGCUCACGCGCGCGGCCGAGAGCAUGAACGCGAUCGAGGACCCGGCGCUGCGCGACGGCGUGCGCCGCCGCUUCUGGGACGUGCUGGCGGGCGGGGAGAUGGACGUGGAGCGCGCGGC